UUCAUUAUAAUGUCCCAUUGGGGGCUAAAUUAGCCUCUUGUGGGCAUGGGAUGGUGGCAUGACAUGAGGUAUAUGGGCUCAGAUCCCAGAUACAUUCAUAUCAUUAUAUAAGUUUAGUUAUAAAAGUUUAAUUUCAGGGCAUCCUAUAGCUUUAAAUUCACAGCUGGGCCAGCAGGUAUGUGAUUGGAGGGCCCCCUGCUGGCGGAAAGCCCGCGAAAAUAAGUUAUAUAUAGAGCCCCCCCUCGCAGCACCCGUGUCAGCGCAGCCUGGGGAUAGCUUCAGAAGAAUUUCACCUCUGACCUGCUCGUCGCUGGGAAGAUGUCAGCACCAGGGAGCAGCAAUAGACAGGCUGUGGGACUUGCUCCGACUGAUAGGGAGCGCAUAAUGAGCUGGAUACAGACAGCACGGCCGGAAGAACUGAGCCGAAUGAUGCAGCAGACAGGCAUUGCGUUGCACACCAAUGAGGACGUGGAGGAGGCGGCUACUCCUGAUUCAGAAGACGCCCCCAGUCCGUUAGGCAGACCCACUGUGAAGAGAAAGCUGGCUCUGAAGUGUUCCACACAGAGAUAUGCAGCAAAGACAAAGAAGGCUGCAAUAAAGACUGUUAACAGCAGGAACGCGUGGCCAGCGAUGUCCCCGCCUAUGGCUAGCACUAGUCAGGCUGUGCAGGGGGAGUUUUUCCAGCCCACUGAGUCCAGUGGAAUGUUUAAUAAAACGCUGCCUGUUAUGUCUUCCCCUCCCCUAUUCUCUUUCCAGCAGGCACCGAGUGACACAGGCAGUGUGAGCAGGGAACAACCAGGACCCUCCAUUCAGCAAGCAGGCGACAUUCAGAAAAUUUGGAUUUUAGGACAUUCUUAUGUACACUGGGCAGAGCUGAGAGCACAGAUCCGGAAGGGUGCAGCAAAUUUAUACCUUUCAGAUAAAAAGUACAAAGUAAUAUGGAAUGGUAUUAGGGGCAUGAGAUGGGAGAAGCUCUUCCAAACUCUAACAGUGAUGUUAAAAACAUGGGGAUACCCUAAGGUGAUUGUGAUACAUUUAGGUGGAAAUGAUAUAGGGUUUAUAAAAACAAUCCAAUUGAUUAAGUCCAUAAAACAAGAUUUGUGCCAAAUUUCUUUAUUUAUGCCUGAUGUUUAUUUGAUUUGGUCUGAAAUUGUCCCUCGGCUGUGCUGGCAAUCCCAACUAUUAAAACCACUUGAGAAAUGCAGACGUAAAAUUAACCAUUCAAUUGCCAAGUUUGCAGGCAAGUUGAACAUAACUGUAUACAGACACCAUGAGUUAGAGAAUGGUUUUGAAGGAUUGUUUAGAGAGGACAAGGUCCACUUGUCAGAAAUAGGAUUGGAUAUUUUCAAUGUUGGACUGCAAAAUGCAGUGGAAAAAGCCUUGUUUUGUGGAGGGGGGCCAAGCCCAAGUUAAGGUUUUAACUGGUCUUGGCGUGGCGGAUGUUUAAAAUGUUAAUUGGCUCCUGGCCGAUACCAUGGCGGGGCUCAUAUAUACACUGAAUGGCAAGCUCUGCAAUUGUACGGAGCUGGGCUUGGUUAUUACUGUUAAUUUAAGCAGUGAAUGUUAAUGGAGUAAUUACAGAUGCUGUUUAAUAAACUUGGCUGUGGCCUUUCUCCACACAAAACAAAGUGUUUAUGUUUUAUUUUACUAAGAACGGUUCCUUAUGUUUAAAUGUUCAUGCCUACUGAUCCCAUGUCCCAUUGGGGGCUAAAUUAGCCUCUUGUGGGCAUGGGAUGGUGGCAUGACAUGAGGUAUAUGGGCUCAGAUCCCAGAUACAUUCAUAUCAUUAUAUAAGUUUAGUUAUAAAAGUUUAAUUUCAGGGCAUCCUAUAGCUUUAAAUUCACAGCUGGGCCAGCAGGUAUGUGAUUGGAGGGCCCCCUGCUGGCGGAAAGCCCGCGAAAAUAAGUUAUAUAUAGAGCCCCCCCUCGCAGCACCCGUGUCAGCGCAGCCUGGGGAUAGCUUCAGAAGAAUUUCCCCACCCACCCACCCUCAAGUUAUAUAAAUUUAAAAAAAAAAAAAAAAAAAAUGUCACAGCCAAUUAUAUGGUUCAUAAUAAAUGGAUUCAUUAAUGGCGGAUGUUUAAAAUGUUAAUUGGCUCCUGGCCGAUACCAUGGCGGGGCUCAUAUAUACACUGAAUGGCAAGCUCUGCAAUUGUACGGAGCUGGGCUUGGUUAUUACUGUUAAUUUAAGCAGUGAAUGUUAAUGGAGUAAUUACAGAUGCUGUUUAAUAAACUUGGCUGUGGCCUUUCUCCACACAAAACAAAGUGUUUAUGUUUUAUUUUACUAAGAACGGUUCCUUAUGUUUAAAUGUUCAUGCCUACUGAUCCCAUGUCCCAUUGGGGGCUAAAUUAGCCUCUUGUGGGCAUGGGAUGGUGGCAUGACAUGAGGUAUAUGGGCUCAGAUCCCAGAUACAUUCAUAUCAUUAUAUAAGUUUAGUUAUAAAAGUUUAAUUUCAGGGCAUCCUAUAGCUUUAAAUUCACAGCUGGGCCAGCAGGUAUGUGAUUGGAGGGCCCCCUGCUGGCGGAAAGCCCGCGAAAAUAAGUUAUAUAUAGAGCCCCCCCUCGCAGCACCCGUGUCAGCGCAGCCUGGGGAUAGCUUCAGAAGAAUUUCCCCACCCACCCACCCUCAAGUUAUAUAAAUUUAAAAAAAAAAAAAAAAAAAAUGUCACAGCCAAUUAUAUGGUUCAUAAUAAAUGGAUUCAUUAAUGGCGGAUGUUUAAAAUGUUAAUUGGCUCCUGGCCGAUACCAUGGCGGGGCUCAUAUAUACACUGAAUGGCAAGCUCUGCAAUUGUACGGAGCUGGGCUUGGUUAUUACUGUUAAUUUAAGCAGUGAAUGUUAAUGGAGUAAUUACAGAUGCUGUUUAAUAAACUUGGCUGUGGCCUUUCUCCACACAAAA